UUGGUGUUUGCCUGUUCGCUCGACAGGUUAUCGAAGUUCGCGAAAGUAGUUCGAAUCAUACAUUUUUUAAUUUAUUUUUAUUCAAUAUUUUAUAAUAAAAUAUUUACUGACAUAUUUAUUUGAAUAUGGCUUCCUCGGCAAGAGUUUUGUUAAAAGUACGAGAUGCAUUCAUUACUGGCAUUCGUGCGAAUUCACAGUACAACCAAACUCGCCUCAAUCUGCAGUUGACGGCAGACUCUCGUGUUAUUUGCCAAGGCUUUACAGGCAAGCAGGGAACCUUCCAUAGUCAGCAGGCCUUAGAGUAUGGAACAAAAUUAGUGGGAGGUAUUUCACCGAAAAAAGGUGGCACAACUCAUCUGGGUUUACCGGUAUUUGCCAGUGUAGCUGAUGCUAAAAAAGCAACUGAUCCGCAUGCUACUGUUAUUUAUGUACCACCACCAGGUGCAGCAGCUGCUAUUAUAGAAGCACUUGAAUCUGAAAUUCCUUUAAUUGUUUGCAUAACAGAAGGUAAUUUACUCAAUUUUAGUACAGAUUUUAUCAAGAGUAGUGAACAAAAUUUGCGCUUGUUUAACUUUAAGUUAAUUUGUGUGCCUGUUAAAGAUCAACAACUUAAUUUCCAAACUCCAAUACGAAAGUCCGAACACCAAGUGAGAUAA